AUGAAGAUGAUGUUAUCACUGAUCUUUGUGUUUAUUAACAUAAUUCCCUCAAACGCAAAGUAUCUAAACCUUGAUUUAGAUUUGAAAAGAGCAAAGUACAAAAACAUAAAUGUGACUCAGAGUGGAAACGUGAUGAGCAGAAAAAUGACAUUAACCUAUGAGGCAGCGGAUGGCCAUUUAAUAACCAGUGUUUCUUGUGAUGAUGAUAUUUUUUAUGAAGAUAAAACCCCAGGAGAUACAACAAGAAGAGUUGUAACUGCCGAGAUUAGGGAAUGUUUUGUGUUGGUAAAAAUAGAAUCUGAAUAUCUGGGUUAUAAAGAAAGAAAAUACUAUUUAAAGAAUGAAGUGCCCUUAGAAAUAAAAGAAUGCGAGUUUAAUAAGCUUUUAUAUGAUGAUGAUGAAAGGUUAAUGAACUGA